UUGCGUUUCGCGACAGCGUCUCAGUGAAGACUUCGAUAUGGAUAAAGCUGAAUUGGGCAAGGAAGUUCCAAAUAGCCAUUUCGAGCCUCUUCAGCUUCGAAAAACCUCAACAAAGCUACUAGUUAUACUUACAACAAUUGCUUUUGUCCUAUUGCUCUCUACUUUAAUCGGAUUGAUAGUUAUGUUCACAAUUGGCAGAAAAAAUAAAGACGUUUGUUUCACCCCCACUUGCGUACACUCCGCGGGAACCACUUUAAUACACAUGGAUCCAGGAGUAAACCCAUGUGAUAAUUUUUACAAAUUUGCCUGUGGGAAUUUUGUGAAGGAUACGAUAAUACCCGAUGGAAAACAGGGUGUUAACAUUUUCUUGACGGCCAGCGAAGUUGUUAAUAACAAACUGAAUGGUCUGUUUGAUGAACCGCUACCAAUGAAUGCGUCGAAUCCUCGCAAAAUGGUAGAUACCCUGUACAAAUCUUGCAUGGAUUUAAACAUGAUCGAAGAAGAUGGUUUGAAAACAGUAAGUGCGGUACUAAAAAGGUUAGGUGGGUGGCCGCUUUUGGAAGGUAGUCAAUGGAACCACUCCCGAUUUGAGUGGGAUGACCAAAUAUAUGAAUUUAGGAAACAUGGAUGUAUACAUGAGUUUUUUAUCACACUUGCAUUGCAUAUAGAUUCAAGGAAUAUGAGCCGGCGUAUUUUGGUACUAGACGAAGCCCAUUAUGAUAACAAAUUUUUGAAUGGGCUUGACGAUUUCAGUGUCCGUGCUUAUUACAGAUACAUACUUGAAUUAGCCGAUGAGCUCGGAAUUGACAAUAAAACCGCAUCAAAUGAAGUACGAGAUGUUAUCAAUUUCAAAGCGAAACUUGCAAAGAUGUCUCAGGACACUAUAAAAACACCCAAAUCAGGAAUCCUAAUCAGCAUCGAAAAAUUGCAAGAGAGUUACCCGAAAAUUAAUUGGCUGAAGCUGGUUCGCAAUGUCGUCAACCAUCCAAGCAUCAACAUUACCAAUAGUGAACAAGUCGUCUUACAAGUGCCAAAGUACGUCGAGGAGUUACAGGAGUUGCUCGAAAAAACCCCGAAAAGGACAAUUGCUAACUAUAUGUUUGUUGAAACUGUGGACACUUUCGUUCCUUAUUUAUACGAAAGACUUAGAUUGAAACGAUCGCUCUAUCAUACCACUCCCAAACUUGAUCUUUCGAGUAAAGCUCGCAUGAGUGAUUGUAAAAGGAUUACUGUUGUGGGCAUCGGAUUGGAGUUCGACCAUUUGUACGUGAAAAAGUAUUUUAACGAACAAACUAAACAACAAGCCGAAGAUUUAGCCCAAAACAUACUCAACGAGUUCUCUGAAACGUUAAGGACAGUCGACUGGCUCGAUGACGAAACUCGUAAAAGCGCAAUCGAAAAAGUAAAUAAUAUGGUCAAACACAUCGCCUAUCCUUCUGAGCUUCUCGACUACAGCAACGUGGAGAAAUACUACGACAAGCUAGAAAUCAACGCUAAUACUUUUCUGGAAAAUGCGAUGUCGAUAAGAAAAUUUCAAAUGGACAAACACUUUUCGAAGCUGCAUCGACCUUUUAAUAAAACCGAUUGGCUGAGUCACACGUUUCCAGCGGUUGUUAAUGCCUUUUAUUCUCCGUAUGAAAACAGCAUUGUGUUGCCUGCCGGAAUACUACAAGGCGCCUUCUUUAACAAAGAUCGUCCGAAUUAUAUGAAUUACGCUGUAGUAGGCUUCAUCGUGGGUCACGAAAUGACGCAUGGGUUUGAUAAUCGAGGAAGGCUGUGCGAUAAGGAGGGUUGCGUGAGAAAUUGGUGGAGUGAUAAAACCCAAAAGGCGUUUCUAGAGAAAGCUCAGUGUAUCAUUGAGCAAUAUGGGAACUAUACUUUUCCCGAAUUAAACCUAACGAUCAAUGGCGUUAAUACUUUAGGAGAAAACAUUGCUGAUAAUGGUGGAAUAAAACAGGCAUAUUCGGCGUACAACAAAUGGGCCAAGCUCAACAAAGCCGAAUUACAGCUUCCUGGAUUGAAUUAUACGCCGAAUCAAAUGUUUUGGAUUUCUGCAGCCCAAAUAUGGUGUUCAAAAUAUACCGAUAAGUACUUUAAGUACUUGCUGAAACAUGAUCCGCAUUCUCCUGCCGAGUACAGGAUUAUUGGACCAUUUAGCAAUUCCGAAAAUUUUACUAGAGAUUUUAAUUGUCCGUUAGGAUCACCUAUGAAUCCUAUUAAAAAGUGUAGUGUUUGGUAGUCCCACUUAAAAUACCUUGAUUAAAAAUAAAUCUUUAAUUACGAAUUUUUGAUGUACAACAAGCAACCUUAAAUCUUACUGUGAUAUCUAAAUUGUGAA